AUGGAGAAUGUAGCAGCUCCACGUCUAGGUGGGAUAGUACGGGAUCUUUAUGAUGUCGCUCAGCGAUUCUUAGAUUGGUAUCAACAGCAAUCAGUUAUCAAGAGGGUUCUUCUCGGAAUCUUAGGAUGUAUCGGGGUCAUGGGUGGUAUACUAAUGUUAAUUUUUCACAAAUACUUUAUAGACGCAUUGGUUUAUGUGGCGGACUCAUGGCAUGAUUUAAGUUAUGGUGGAGUGAUAUUGUUCUUGCUAGUAUUCUUUGUUUCAUUUCCACCAUUGCUUGGGUUCUCUGCAUUAUCAAUUUUAACUGGAAUGGUUUAUGGAUUUCCAAAUGGUUGGCCAUUGUUAGCAGUGGCAUCAUUACUGGGAUCAGUAUGUUCUUUCCUUUUCACAAGAUACUGGUUACAUGAUUAUGCUAUUAAGUUAGUCAAUAAAGAAGAAAUAUUUAGAGCAUUCGCGGAGAUUUUGAAGGAAGACAAAUCAUUAUAUUUACUUAUAUUAUUAAGAUUAUGUCCAUUACCUUAUUCAUUAUCAAAUGGUGCAUUGGCGGCUAUUCCAGAACUUCCUAAUCUUGGUGAUGAAACAAAUACCACAGCAACUAAAUUCGUUGAUUUCUUAAGUAUUGUAUUAACAGGAUUGGCCGCAAGUGUUACAACUUAUGUUAUUUAUAAUAAAAUGCCAAGUAAAUUACAAGGAUACCACAAUAGCCAUAGUCAAACAGGUUUCCCGCCUGUGGGAAGUGAGAAUUAUGAUAGAAUCAUAUUUGGAGAUUUUGAAGAUGAUUUGGAGUUAGGUGCAACUAGUGAAAUAGAAUUGAAUUCAGCUGAUUUUGAUGAUGACAAUUUUAUAAUUCAAGAUGAGGAUGAUGUUAUUGUUAACGAUCAAACACCAUUGACCGGCCAAUCAGAGCCAUUGGGACACAAUUUAAGCAUAAUGAAGGAUAACGACAAGGAUAUAAUUAUAGAGGAAGAAUUACCAAAUAAAAUAAAAUCUAGGGAUUACUGA